GGCGGCGGCGGCGGCGGCGGAGGCGGCGGUGUCCCCGGCCGGGCCUCCCAAGAGCGCGCCUCUCCCUGUCGGUGGCCGAGACCCUGCGAAGGUCAAGAUGGAAGAGAUCCUGAGGAAGCUGCAGAAGGAAGCGUCCGGGAGCAAGUACAAAGCCAUCAAGGAGAGCUGCACCUGGGCCCUGGAAACCCUGGGUGGUGUGGAUACCAUUGUCAAGAUCCCUCCACACUUGCUGAGGGAGAAAUGCUUGCUUCCUCUCCAGUUGGCUUUGGAAUCCAAGAAUGUGAAACUGGCCCAACAUGCUCUGGCAGGAAUACAGAAGCUUCUGUCAGAAGAGAGGUUUGUAUCCAUGGAAACAGACUCUGAUGAGAAGCAGCUGCUCAAUCAGAUCCUGAACGCUGUGAAAGUGACGCCUUCCCUCAAUGAAGACCUGCAGGUGGAAGUGAUGAAGGUUUUACUCUGCAUCACCUACACCCCGACAUUCGACCUGAACGGGAGCGCGGUGCUGAAGAUUGCAGAGGUGUGCAUUGAGACAUACAUAUGUAGCUGUCACCAACGUAGUAUAAACACGGCUGUGCGGGCAACUCUCAGUCAAAUGCUGAGUGACUUGACUUUACAGUUACGACAAAGGCAGGAGAACACGAUAAUUGAAAACCCGGAUGUCCCACAGGAAUUCAGGAAUCAAGGGUCGACAGUUGAGUCCCUCUGUGACGACCUUGUCUCUGUGCUUACUGUUCUGUGUGAGAAGCUGCAAGCUGCCAUUAAUGACCAGCAGCAGCUGCAGCUCCUGUACUUGGAAUGCAUCCUGUCCGUGCUCAGCAGCUCCUCGUCCUCGAUGCACCUGCACAGAGCCUUCACCGACCUGAUCUGGAAAAACCUUUGCCCUGCUCUCGUUGUGAUCCUGGGGAAUCCAAUCCAUGAUAAAAGCAUCACCUCCGCUCACAGCAGCAGCGCUGGCCCAGGCAUCGAGUCAGACUCUGCGUCUCCGGGAGUCUCUGACCACGGCCGGGGGUCCGGCUGCUCGUCCACCGCGCCAGCCCUGAGUGGGCCCGUGGCUCGGACCAUCUAUUACAUCGCGGCGGAGCUGGUCCGGCUGGUGGGGUCGGUGGACUCCAUGAAGCCCGUGCUCCAGUCCCUCUAUCACCGUGUGCUGCUUUAUCCCCCACCCCAGCACCGGGUGGAAGCCAUCAAAAUAAUGAAAGAGCUACUUGGGAGUCCACAGCGUCUCUGUGACUUGGCAGGACCCAGCUCCACUGAACCAGAAUCUAGAAAAAGAUCAAUUUCUAAAAGAAAGUCUCAUCUGGAUCUUCUCAAACUCAUCAUGGAUGGCAUGACGGAAGCGUGCAUCAAGGGCGGCAUCGAAGCGUGCUAUGCUGCGGUGUCCUGCGUCUGCACCUUGCUCGGGGCCUUGGACGAGCUCAGCCAGGGCAAGGGCUUGAGCGAAGGCCAGGUCCAGCUGUUGCUGCUGCGCCUGGAGGAGCUGAAGGACGGCGCCGAGUGGAGCCGGGACUCUAUGGAGAUCAACGAGGCCGACUUCCGCUGGCAGCGGCGCGUCCUGUCCUCAGAGCACACGUCGUGGGAGCUGGGGAACGAGAGGAGCCCCGACAUCAGCAUCAGCGUGACCACUGACACAGGCCAGACCACGCUGGAGGGCGAGUUGGGCCAGACGACGCCCGAGGAGCACGCGGACCACCACAAGAGCAGCCUCAAGUCACCCGCCGUGCCGGAGAGCAAGGAGAUGCUGAGCAAGGUGCCCGAGGCCGAAGCCGUGGACCAGCCAGAUGUGGUGCAGAGAAGCCACACGGUUGCUUUCCCCGACAUAACUAACUUCCUGUCGGUGGACUGCAGGAUGAGGUCCUACGGCUCCAGGUACAGCGAAAGCAAUUUCAGCGUGGAUGACCAAGACCUUUCGCGGACCGAAUUCGAUUCCUGUGAUCAGUACUCGAUGGCGGCGGAGAAGGACUCGGGGAGGUCGGACGUGUCAGACAUCGGGUCGGACAACGGCUCGCUGGCAGACGAAGAGCAAACCCCUCGGGACUGCCUGGGCCACCGGUCCCUGCGGACCGCCGCUCUGUCCCUGAAACUGUUGAAGAACCAGGAGGCGGACCAGCACAGCGCCAGACUGUUCCUGCAGUCCCUGGAAAGCCUCCUUCCCCGCCUGCUGGCUCUGCCCAGCGUGGAGGAGGUGGACUCGGCCCUCCAGAACUUCGCCUCUACCUUCUGCUCAGGCAUGAUGCACUCCCCCGGGUUCGAUGGGACCGGCAGCCUCAGCCUGCAGAUGCUGAUGAACGCAGACAGCCUGUACACGGCCGCGCACUGUGCUCUGCUGCUCAACCUGAAACUCUCCCACGGCGACUACUACCGGAAGCGGCCCACCCUGGCGCCAAGCAUGAUGAAAGAGUUCAUGAAGCAGGUCCAGACCAGCGGGGUGCUGAUGGUUUUCUCCCAGGCCUGGAUUGAGGAGCUCUACCAUCAGGUGCUCGACAGAAACAUGCUUGGAGAAGCCGGCUACUGGGGCAGCCCGGAGGACAACAGCCUGCCCCUCAUCACCAUGCUGACCGACAUCGAUGGCUUAGAGAGCAGUGCGAUUGGGGGCCAGCUGAUGGCCUCAGCUUCUACCGAGUCCCCUUUCAGCCAGGGCAGGAGAAUUGAUGACUCCACAGUGGCAGGUGUGGCAUUUGCUCGCUACAUUCUGGUGGGCUGCUGGAAGAACCUCAUUGAUACUUUAUCAACCCCGCUGACUGGCCGGAUGGCAGGAAGCUCCAAAGGGUUGGCCUUCAUUCUAGGAGCUGAAGGUGUCAAGGAGCAGAACCAAAAGGAGCGUGAUGCCAUCUGCAUGAGCCUCGAUGGGCUGCGGAAAGCGGCGCGGCUGAGCUGUGCUCUAGGAGUUGCGGCUAACUGUGCCUCAGCCCUUGCCCAGAUGGCAGCUGCCUCCUGUGUCCAGGAAGAAAAAGAGGAAAAGGAAGUCCAAGAACCCAGUGACGCCAUAGCCCAAGUGAAACUGAAGGUAGAGCAGAAACUGGAGCAGAUCGGGAAGCUGCAGGGGGUCUGGCUACACACGGCCCACGUCCUGUGCAUGGACGCCAUCCUCAGUGUAGGCCUGGAGAUGGGAAGCCACAACCCGGACUGCUGGCCCCACGUGUUCAGGGUCUGUGAGUACGUGGGCACGCUGGAGCACACCCAUUUCAGCGACGGCACCUCUCAGCCCCCUCUGACCAUCAGCCAGCCCCAGAAGGCGUCAGGGGGCUCCGGACUCCUCGGGGACCCAGAGUGUGAGGGCUCAGCCCCGGAGCAGAGCCUAGAGCCAGAGAGCUCCCUGAGCGCGGCCCCCGUCAUCCAGCCGCUCUCCAUCCAAGAGCUGGUCAGAGAAGGCAGCCGAGGCCGGGCCUCUGACUUCCGCGGGGGCAGCCUCAUGACCGGGAGCAGUGCUGCCAAGGCCGUGCUCACGCUGUCCACCCAGGCAGACAGGCUCUUCGAAGAUGCUACGGACAAAUUGAACCUGAUGGCUUUGGGGGGGUUCCUCUACCAGCUGAAGAAAGCAUCCCAGUCCCAGCUCUUCCAUUCUGUUACAGAUACGGUGGAUUACUCUCUAGCCAUGCCAGGAGAAGUUAAAUCCACCCAAGACCGGAAGAGCGCCCUCCACCUCUUCCGGCUCGGAGACGCCAUGCUGAGGAUUGUGCGGAGCAAGUCGCGGCCGCUGCUCCAUGUGAUGCGCUGUUGGAGCCUCGUGGCCCCACACCUGGUGGAGGCCGCCUGCCAUAAGGAAAGGCAUGUGUCUCAGAAGGCUGUUUCCUUCAUCCAUGAUAUACUGACGGAGGUUCUCACUGAUUGGAAUGAGCCACCUCAUUUUCACUUUAAUGAAGCACUUUUCCGACCUUUUGAGCGUAUCAUGCAGCUGGAGUUGUGUGAUGAGGAUGUCCAAGACCAGGUUGUGACAUCCAUUGGCGAGCUAGUUGAGGUAUGUUCCACACAAAUCCAGUCGGGAUGGAGGCCCCUGUUCAGUGCCCUGGAAACUGUGCACAGUGGAAACAAGUCUGAGGUGAAGGAGUAUCUGGUCGGUGAUUACUCCAUGGGAAAGAGCCAGGCUCCAGUGUUUGAUGUAUUUGAAGCAUUUCUCAAUACUGACAACAUCCAGGUCUUUGCUAAUGCGGCCACAAGUUACAUCAUGUGCCUUAUGAAGUUUGUCAAAGGACUGGGAGAGGUGGACUGUAAGGAAAUAGGAGACUGCAUCCCCGGACCUGGAGCCACAUCCCCAGACCUGUGCCUCCCUGCCCUGGAUUACCUCAGGCGCUGCUCUCAGUUACUGGCCAAAAUCUACAAAAUGCCCUUGAAGCCAAUAUUCCUUAGUGGGCGACUCGCUAGCUUGCCUCGAAGACUUCAGGAGCAGUCGGCGAGCAGCGAGGAUGGAAUGGAGUCGGUCCUGUCGGAUUUUGAUGACGACACUGGGCUGAUAGAAGUGUGGAUCAUCCUCCUAGAGCAGCUGACAGCGGCUGUGUCCAACUGUCCACGUCAGCACCAACCGCCAACCUUGGAUUUACUCUUUGAGCUGUUGAGAGACGUGACGAAAACACCUGGACCAGGAUUUGGUAUCUAUGCAGUUGUUCACCUUCUCCUCCCCGUGAUGUCCGUGUGGCUCCGUCGUAGCCAUAAAGACCAUUCAUACUGGGAUGCAGCUUCUGCUAAUUUUAAGCAUGCCAUUGGCCUGUCUUGUGAGCUGGUGGUGGAGCACAUUCAAAGCUUUAUACACUCAGACAUCCGGUACGAGAGUAUGAUCAACACGAUGCUGAAGGACUUGUUUGAGUUACUGGUAGCCUGUGUGGCCAAGCCCACAGAAACCAUCUCCAGAGUGGGCUGCUCCUGUAUUAGGUACGUCCUCGUCACUGCGGGCCCCGUGUUCACUGAAGAAAUGUGGAGGCUGGCCUGCUGUGCCCUGCAGGAUGCCUUCUCCGCCACACUCAAGCCUGUGAAGGAUCUGCUGGGCUGCUUCCACAGCGGCACCGAGAGCUUCAGUGGGGAAGGCUGCCAGGUGAGGGUGGCGGCCCCCUCCUCGUCCCCCAGUGCCGAGGCCGAGUACUGGCGCAUUCGAGCCAUGGCUCAGCAGGUGUUUAUGUUGGACACCCAGUGCUCGCCAAAGACUCCAAACAACUUCGAUCAUGCGCAAUCCUGUCAGCUCAUUAUUGAACUGCCUCCUGAUGAGAAGCCAAAUGGACACACCAAGAAAAGCGUUUCUUUCAGGGAAAUUGUGGUGAGCCUGCUAUCCCAUCAGGUGUUACUCCAGAACUUGUACGACAUCUUGUUAGAAGAGUUCGUCAAGGGCCCCUCCCCUGGGGAGGACAAGACGGUGCAAGUCCCAGAGGCCAAGCUGGCCGGCUUCCUCAGGUACAUCUCCAUGCAGAACCUGGCGGUCAUCUUUGACCUGCUGCUGGACUCGUACAGGACGGCGCGGGAGUUCGACACCAGCCCCGGGCUGAAGUGCCUGCUCAAGAAGGUGUCGGGCAUUGGAGGCGCGGCCAACCUCUACCGCCAGUCCGCCAUGAGUUUUAAUAUUUAUUUCCACGCGCUGGUCUGUGCUGUCCUCACCAACCAGGAAACCAUCACCGCCGAGCAAGUGAAGAAGGUGCUUUUUGAGGACGAGGAGAGAAGCACAGAUUCGUCCCAGCAGUGUUCAUCUGAAGACGAGGACAUUUUCGAGGAGACGGCCCAGGUGAGCCCCCCGAGGGGCAAGGAGAAGAGGCAGUGGCGGGCCCGGCUGCCCUCCCUGAGCGUGCAGCCCAUCAGCAACGCCGACUGGGUGUGGCUGGUCAAGCGGCUGCACAAGCUGUGCAUGGAGCUGUGCAACAACUACAUCCAGAUGCACCUGGACCUGGAGAGCAGCCUGGAGGAGGCCCCCGUCUUCAAGACUGACCCAUUCUUCAUCCUUCCGUCCUUCCAGUCAGAGUCGUCCACCCCCUCAACCGGGGGGUUCUCGGGGAAAGACACCCCUUCCGAGGACGACCGGAGCCAGACCCGGGAUCACGCCAGCGAGGCCGGCAGCCUGAGGGCGGGCGGCGGGGACUUGCUGCUGCUGCCGCCGAGCCCCAAGGUGGAGAAGAAGGACCCCAGCCGGAAGAAGGAAUGGUGGGAGAACGCGGGCAACAAGAUCUACACCAUGGCCGCCGACAAAACCAUCUCCAAACUGAUGACCGAAUACAAAAAGAGGAAGCAGCAGCAUAACCUGCCCACGUUCCCCAAAGAGGUCAAAGGGGAGAAGAAGGGAGAGCCACUGGGUCCGCGGGGCCAGGACUCCCCGCUGCUUCAGCGUCCCCAGCACUUGAUAGACCAGGGCCAGAUGCGCCAUUCAUUCAGCGCGGGCCCCGAGCUGCUGCGACAGGAGAAGAGGCCCCGCUCCGGCUCCACCGGGAGCUCUCUGAGUGUCUCUGUGAGGGACGCGGAAGCACAGAUCCAGGCCUGGACCAACAUGGUGCUAACCGUUCUCAAUCAGAUUCAGAUCCUUCCAGACCAGACCUUCACAGCCCUCCAGCCGGCGGUGUUCCCAUGCAUCAGCCAGCUGACCUGCCACGUGACAGACAUCAGAGUGCGUCAGGCUGUGAGGGAAUGGCUGGGCAGAGUGGGCCGGGUCUAUGACAUCAUCGUGUAGAAGACUCACAUUGAGGAAACACAAUCUCGAAGGUUAGAGAAUGCCCACCAGUCCCCAACGGAUAGCAUUUGCCCCACCACCAGCCCCACUGAAACCAGUGUCUCGGAGAAGAGUCUACCCGUCCCUCGCUAAUCAGCACUGGGGCCAUUCUGGACACUCACCUUGUAUUUGGAGGACACCAAUGAUACUCUGAUUUUGCACAUCAUUUCAGAAAAGUCUCCAUUCUUUGACACGUUUCUAAAUCUUGAUGUCUAUUUCCCAGUGCUUUUGCCUGCCAUGCUACUCCCAAAAGGAGUAGUCCUUUAAAGGACUACUCCUUUGAAAACAUCACACUGAUCCAUUUGAUUUUUUUCCUUUUAAAUGAAAUUGUUAAGGAAACAUCCACUGGUAAGUCAUGCUGGUGUGUAGGCACUCUGGCAUCUAGUAGCGGACAUUCUUCAUCGGAGGAAGAUUUCCAUUAUGAUUAUGCACUUAGCAGGGAAGAAGACAGCUGGAAAAACAAUUCUGGGUGUCAUAAGCAAGAAAGGGAUGACUUUCUCUGUAACAUGUUCCAGAACAUUUCAAAGUUGUCCUUAAUUGUCAAGAUUUUCUGGUUGGCAUAACGAACUUUUUUUAAGGUGCUGUUGUGCCUUUAUUUCCCUAUUUCUCAAGGAAGAAAAUGCUUUCCUGGCAAGGUUUGAAGUCUGUGUCCUGGCAGCUGUUGACACACAGCUCCCAGUACAGUGGCUGAUACAGUUCUCACCAGGAGACAUGAGACUGCCCUGCCACCCUGGCUUCCCAUUAGUCUUUGCUUUUUGCUCCCAAGGCCAAACAGGAAA